UAUGCCAGUAAAUAUCAAGGGCUAGUUAUUGAAAGGAAAGUGCUGGCCAGAAGCUGCCCUGGAGUCUGAUUUAUCAAGCAAGGGGAUCACUUUGGUCUAGUGCACAGUUUGCACAAUACCAAUCUCCCCAAGAUGAACCCUAAUCAUGUAUUAUUUAGCAAUGCUUUUGCACUUAACCAUGAGAUCUUGUGAACUAGCUGGUGUGUCUAACCUGAGCCUAGAAAGCAGUGAUACUAAGACCCCCUUGGAGUGACCCUGCUACUGGUUUGGAAUGCAGUGGUAGAGAGCCCCCUUGGAGAGGCCCUGUUAGACUAAAUUCCCUGAUGGAGAGCUCCUUUGAUCAGCCCUGCUUGCUGGGAUAUGGUAGUAGAGAACCCCCCUAGAUCAGCCCUACUAGAGUGGGAUGCGUGUCUACAUGUGCCUUCAGCCUUGGCCGCAUUGGAUGCGGGGUGCUGUGUGCUCUUACUUCCUUGCCUCUGCAUCUAAUUUCCUUUCAGUCCUUGAAGCUAUCUAGUCCUUAGUCAGCCUUCAACAAGGUUAUAUCAGGAGAGAGAGAGAGAGAAGGGAAAGGCAUGCUGAGUGUGCUACAGAGCAGAGUACCGGCAGUUACGCAGAAAGAAACCGUCUCAGCGCUGCUCCUCUUCAUUUGUAUUUUAGAGGUGUUUUUUUUUUUUUAUAUAUAUAAAUCCCACCCCCCUCCCCAACAUGGAGAGGUAUUGUAAGCCCUGAUGAUAUUAGAGGACAAUGUUAGCUAGUCUUAAGAGGAAAGAUAAGGUGAUAUCCUUUUACCGAGCUGCAGUCAGAGCUGUUGAGAGGGCAAUACGAUAGAAGAAAUACCAGGAGAGCCAGAUCAAGCCAGCACAUUGCAUAGCCUGCAGUCGAACUGCCUGUGUGUUGCAUGUGAGCGAUUUACUCAGAUUGCACCUGUAAUGACAUGCUGUCUGAAAUACCUUCGAGAUCGUGAAACACAGAGUUUGAGGGAUUUCGUUUUGAACUGAGCAGCGCUGGAGGUUAGGUGAAAUUGGACGUAUUUGUUUCACAUUGGUAAUAAGUGAGUGUUGUGGUUUUAAAAAUCUGUUAGCUGCAGGAAGGAAACACUUGAACAGAGUAAGCGAGAGAAAGAAAGAGUUAAGAAGAGUUUUGUUCUUUUGUUUCGUAACUAGCUGAAAGUGGGACGGGUGUUUGAGUUGAAGCUUAUGCCAUUCGGACUGAUAAGAAUAUCCUCUGGAGACGCUAGUAAAAUUCCUGGGCGAUGUGGCAGUGUUUCUAUUGAAGACGCUCUAGAGGGGAGGAUGAGGAGACACUAGCUACGGCUGACUUGUUUAGAAUCGGUUUUCAAACCUCAGCCGUGGGGUCCGGCUAGCCCUGAUUAAACUGGGACGGGAGAGUGUGAGUGAGCAAGCAGGAUGCAUCUGGUGGUGGAGUCCUCGCAAGACGCCGUGCUGAAGAUGCUGCCCUGUUUCGUGGAGAAUGCUGUCUUGACCCAGAAUGAGAUCUGCCGAAUCCUGAGUGAGAGCUUCUUCAUGGUAAAGGGAGCAGCCCUCUUUCUUCAGCAGGGGAGCAGUCCACAGAGCCAGAAGGUGCACCCCCAUCACAAACAUGCAGGUGAUUUACCUCGGCACCUUCAGGUGAUGAUCCACCUUCUCCGAUCAGAAGACAGAAUUAAACUGGCUGUGCGCUUGGAGAGUGCGUGGUCAGACCGGGUCAGGUAUAUGGUGGUCGUUUACAGCAACGGUCGCCAGGACACAGAGGAGAACAUCCUGCUGGGCAUGGACUUCACCAACAAGGAGAGUAAAAACUGCUCAAUAGGAAUGGUGCUGCCGCUGUGGAGCGACACCAAGAUCCACCUGGAUGGAGACGGAGGGUUCAGUGUGACCACAGCCGGAAAGACACGCAUCUUCAAACCAGUGUCGGUUCAAGCCAUGUGGUCGGCCCUGCAGAUCCUGCACAAAGUCAGCGAGGUGUCCCGUCGGUACAACUACUUCCCAGGCGGGAUGUCCCUGACCUGGACCGGGUUCUAUGAGAGCUGCAUCUCCUCAGAUCAGAGCUGCAUCAACGAGUGGAACACCAUGCGGGACCUGGAGACCACGCGGCCAGACUCCCCAGCCUUGUUUGUGGAUAAACCUACAGAGAGGGAGCGAACGGAGCGUCUUGUGAAAACCAAACUCAGGAGCAUAAUGAUGUACAAAGAUCUGGAGAAUAUAACCUCCAAGGAGAUCCGGACUGAGCUGGAGCAGCACAUGAACUGCAACCUGAAGGAGUAUAAAGAAUUUAUCGACAACGAGAUGCUGCUGAUCCUGGGCCAGAUGGACAAGGCCUCUCUGAUCUUUGACCACCUCUAUCUGGGCUCCGAAUGGAAUGCCUCCAACCUGGAGGAACUCCAGAGCUCAGGUGUGGGGUACAUCUUGAACAUAACCAGGGAAAUCGAUAACUUUUUUCCCGGCUUGUUUGCAUAUCACAACAUCCGGGUAUACGAUGAGGAAGCCACAGACCUGCUGUCCCAUUGGAACGACACCUACAACUUCAUAGUGAAAGCCAAGAAAAACCACUCCAAGUGUCUGGUACACUGUAAGAUGGGUGUCAGCCGGUCUGCAUCAACAGUCAUAGCUUACGCGAUGAAGGAGUACGGCUGGUCCCUGGAGAAAGCCUAUAACUACGUCAAACAGAAGAGGAGCAUCACGAGACCCAACGCAGGCUUCAUGAGGCAGCUGGCAGAGUACGAGGGCAUCCUGGAUGCCAGCAAACAGCGGCACAACAAGCUGUGGCGCCCUGACUCGGACUGCGAUCUCCCUGAUGGCCAGCAAGCCUCUGCUCAGUGCUGUGGUGCCGACGGCCCAGGAGACCUGACCCCUGACUUCAGCGUAAGGCCGCCGGAGGAUGUGGUGGGGGGGGACGAGGCAGGACCCUCCCCCAGCAGGACCAUAGGGGAGGAGGUGGACCCUGCUGAGCCCCCCAACUACAACUACUACUUCAGACGGCUCUCUGACUCGGCGCUGGACAGCGAACCCUCGACCCCCGUCAGGGCACCCCCCCUGCCUCACAUGGAUGGCGUUUACAUCAAGAUCGAGGAUGUAGAGAGAGACGCCCUGCUGGAUGAUGAGGGCUUCGAAACCAGAGAGUUCCCUCCCCACUUCACUGUGCCCGGGGAGGGGACGGCAGCACAGACUCUGGAGACCGACCUCCGGAAGAGACUGGAGUUCAGCACAGUGGAGGAGGAGGACGAGGAGGAGGAGGAAGCUGAGAUUGUUUCGUUGACGGGGGGAGGGGGAGAGGCCGCUGAGGGAGAGAAGGAAGAGGCUGAGCUGGCUCCGAGCUGCUCCCCCCUCGUCGGCUGCAACAGGCUCAACAACGAGAAUGCCAACAACAACAACCGCAUCAGCAGCAGUAGCGGCAAAAGAAGCUGCCCGCCUGGGUUUGACGACAGUGCUAACACCAGAAACAUCCACAAAGUCAAACCUCCAUACAAGUCCUGUACAGACUGCAUGCGCCCCCCCAACAGCCUGCACAGUCAAUCCAUGGUCUCCAAGCAUUCCCAAAGCCUUAACCCUGCGCAUCUGUGUAGCAUCCCCGCUGUCUGUGUGCAUUCCUCGGGCUCUGUGAUCCCCGACCAAGCCGCAAAGCUCUCUGUCAUUAACAUGUCGCCCUUGCCCGUGCUGAUCAGAGCCUCCGACAGUCACUGCUUGCCUAGUAACUGUGCCAACUGUGGUGUCUCAGGAACUGUGAUAGAGGCCCACCGUCACCACCAGGUGAAGCCCAUGAGCUGUUGUGGCCUUUCCGGGGACCCGCAGACACAUUUAGAGGUUGAAGCCAUGAAUGAAUUCUCGGAAGCAGGGAAGAAGACUGACGGGAAGGCUGCCAAAGACUUGAGGCUGCUGAAGCUCAGUCUGGAAGCUGAGAAGCCCAUGGUACCAAGCUACUUGAUGCAGCACCAGGAGUCGAUCAUGCAGCUGCAGAAAGCCGGGCUAGUCCGGAAGCACACCAAGGAGUUAGAGAAGCUAUCAGGCCAAUCCCUGGAGAGUGGCAAAGCCCCUGGCCAGCUCCGAGACUGUGACCAAAUGGACACCUCCUCUGGAGUAAUGGAGCUCUCUGUGGAGGGCCUUCUGGAGGAUAUGGAGAUAGAUUCCAGCAGCAGCAGCAGUGUCCUGACAGAGGUCUACCAGAAGACCUCUACCCCCUCCUCUGGCCGCUUGGAGCAGGUCGAGCCCCUAACCAGGGACCUCUUGAAGACGGUGGGCGUGCAGACUCCCGCGUUGUCCCCCCACGGCUCCACACUGACCCGCAGCUCCAGCAGCGACAGCCUCCACAGCGUGCGAGGGAAGCCUGGCCUGGUCAAGCAGCGUGCCCAGGAGAUAGAGACCAUGAUGCGUCUGGCCGGACUGACCGUCUCUUCCAGGCUGAAGAGGUCCAACUCGCUGGCCAAGCUGGGCUGCCUCACCUUCUCCUCCGAGGACCUUUCUUCCGCCUGCUCCUCGGAAUCCAGUACCAUCCUGUUUUCCAAGCCCGAUGAAGGCAAGGAGAGCGAGAGCUGGCCGGUGGCGUCUGGUACCCACCGCAUCAUAGGCGUGCCGGGCCAGGCCAGCUGGCCAAGGAUGCCAUUCGGAGACACUUACCUGUCCCCUGACAGCUGACGUCUUUUAUCCAUCUUGUCGGUAGAGCCGGGUGACUCUUUUUGGCUGUUUCUUUCUUUCCUCGGAAGAUUAAGAAGAUGACAGAGAAUAUAAGUGAAAAGAAUUCUCUUGGGUUAAAUUGUAAUAUAUAUAUCAUUCCACAUCAUAUUUAAAAAAAAAAAAUAUAUAUAUAUAUAUGUAUCCAAAUAUAAUUUAUAGAUGUUUUUUGGCAUCAUUUCACUUUGAACUGUGAAUGUGUGCAGAUGAAACUAAAGGAAUACACGGUUGCCAACCCCUUAAGUGUGUUGUGAGGCUCAGGAUUGCCCACACCCAUUUCUUUUAAUCGGAAGAGUACCCAUUGACUGUAAUGCCCCAUUGGGUAAAACUGAAUCGUUCAGUGAAAGAGUGGACUAACCCCCACAAGCAUGUGGUAUGAGUUUAGUCCUGCACAAUGACGUCCCUUCAUUUCAGAUUUACUAUAGCUGUGUUCCACCUGGUAUACUAGUGCUUAGCCCACUCGCCACACAGAAGCGAAGUAUAUAGUGUGGACUUUAGAUCUGAUGGUGUCCAGAUGACCUGAUGGUUUAGGAGCAUUGGUCAGGCUGAUUCCUUGUACUUGAUCUUUUUCUUCUGAAAUUAUUCCUCCCCAUGUGUAUCGUGCUUCAUGCUUUUGAGGUUGGCAGUGUGCAGCCAGGGUAAUGACUCCAGAAUGAUGCCAUUCUCCCUUGAUGCCAAGAGAAAAUGAACACAGCAAUCUAGAGUCCUGUCAUGAGCACAGCAAUCUAGAGUCCUGAGAUGAGCACAGCAAUCUAGAGUCCUGUCAUGAGCACAGAUCCCACGUUUCCUGUGACUGUUACGCUCCGUAGCUGUAAUGAAGUAUCUUUUUAUUUAUAUAUUUAUUUAUUUAUUCAUUUUUUUCACUUCACAAAUUGUUCUUCAGAAAUUCCAGGACCAUUCUACCUCCAUCAUUUCACUGUAGGAAAGAGACUUAUCCUGGGCUCAUAACUAGAAAAGAAGGCUGCCUGUCCACUGGUCAUGUUCACAAACGUUUAUCUGAACCAGGGCCAGAUGAACAAAAAAAAAAACAUAACAUUUUAGAUAGGUACAUUUUCCACCGAAUCUUUCAAAAAUCAUGACUGUGCUUUAUCAGCUGUGCAGUGCGCUGAGGUAUUCUGUCUUUAUGUGCAUGUUUCUUUCGUUGCAAUGUGUUGCUGUGCACUGGCUUGCAUUGUGUCUGCAUAAACUAGCAAAUCCAAAUUGUAACGCAGUGUAAUGUCUGCAUCUCAGCUGAGAAUAUAUGACUAUCCAGGAGGGGUCUGAUUGAAAAUACUUAGGCUGCAUUUCCUUUGUCCAGACUCCAGAAUUGCUUUGCUCAGGCAGACUCAUCUGUUCCCCUGUCCUCUGUGCUGCUUGUGCUGGGUUGAGAACAGUUUUGAACAGGGGAAAUGCAGCAUCAAUCCCCAAGGUUUCUCCACCAAGUCCUGGAGACUGGGAAGAGACAUGCUAAAAAAAAAACUAAGAACCAGAGAAUCAAAUGUGCAUUUAAGUAGAAUUGAGAGAAGUGAUUUGAUAAGCAGGAAUCGUCUUUCAUGACUUCAUUGUGCUCAGUUUAACACAGUGAAUGAAGACUGCAUUAAAUUUAAAUUAGACCAGUGCCAUUUAUGUAACUAUGCGUGCUAUAUUUUGGUAUUUAAUCCCGUCCUAAAUAUACACAGUGUAGUAAAAGAUAAAUUAAAAACCCUAUACAUUACAGCCUUUUGGAAAUAAGGAGGUGAUAAUGAGAAGCUUUGUCUCCAUUUAAAUGCUGAAAAUCUGUGAGACUGCAAACCAGGCAGCUUCAGAACGGCAGGCUCUUCUUUUUAUUAUAUCUUUACAUAUAUUAUUAGAGUUAGGGUUUUAUUUUCCAUUCAUUGGAUAGCCCUUUCUGGUAAGAUUAUACAUCACUGCUUUUCCUCUUUAACAAAAUAAUCGCAAUAACAUCAGGCUGACUGUUAACUGGCCCAGCAAACCUUUACAGAGCACAAAGCCGUGUCUCCCUUCUCUUCAAUAGAUGUGCCAUCUCCUCGUAUUUAUGCGGUCCUUUGGGGUUCGGUUUGGCUUGGGGCGCGUGCUUCUCAAGUUUCAUUUUCUUUUAAAGCAGGCGAGAUCUUGCUUUGAGGUCCCAUGUAGACAUCCUACUCCAAACAUGGAUUUCAGCACUGUUCCCUCCUCUAGUACAGUUUGAGAAGGGUCUUGGACAACUGCUGCCCACUCUUGGCUACUCUGUGAAUAUGUUUUGAAGCAAGCCUUAACUACCCAGCACAGAAACCGUUAGGUACGUGUAUAUAUUUGUAGGAUCGAUGUAUUAUAAUGCAAGAUACCUGCUUAUCUGUAAUCCCUACUGUUCUCCUCUGCAGCAUGUCAGCACCUUGUAAGAAAAAUGUGUUUAGCGAACCAGAGGUACCGUUUUUAUUUUCUUCAUGAAAGUGUAAGCUGUGGGGCAGUCGUCAGUCAUUGAGUUCAUUCAUUAAUGUCUGCCAUUUGCCAAUGAGCAUUCCUUAUCAGGAGUUGAUGCAAAUCUGAUCUUAUAGAAACAUGUCUAUCGCCUUCAAACCCCCAAACCAUCGGAGUGCUUCCGUUUCAGUUUUCAGAGUACGUUAUUUGUCCACACCAUUCCAAUUUUCUCCCAGUCUCCUAUGUCCGUUUCUCUAAUUUAUUGUAUGUUUACAUAUCUGCACAUAAUAUGCAAGUGUGUUCAUAGGAAUUCUGUAUGAAACCUUAUGCUGUUCUGCCAUUGACUUGUUGUUCCAUACACUAUGCAGUUAAAUCAAUGUAUUAAACCUGUGUGUGUGUGUGUGGAAAUGUGCGUGCAUGCGAGCGUAACACAAACGUUACAUGUUUACUGUGAAAUAUUUAUAAAGAAGUGUGUGGACAUUAAUGAAUGAUAACGAAAGAUGGGACAUAAACACAGAAACAGGCAUUCAACUAUACAGUGGUGAGAGAUGAUGGUGGUGCGGCUGUCAUCUUUAUUAGUUAUAAAUAAUGUGUGCGUUUGGUCUGUAAAAGUAAGAGGUCCACUGGCUGUCCUAUCUGUGUCGUUGCCUCAUUCACAACAGGGUUCCCUGGUCUCUGCAGUAAUAAAAGCAUUCUGUCUGCUGGUGUGUAUUAGUACUUGCCAUUGAGUAACAUCCCAGGUAUUAUGAACGGGUGGAUGCCAGCUGAUCUUAGGGUGCGUUCUUGCAGUUGAAACAUGAGUCUAGCCCUUGCCAUGUUUUUUCAAUAAUAACGCUGUGUUCUGUUUAAUGUUGUUGCAUGAUUGCCACUGCUGCUUUCCAUUUUCUUUCUUUUUUUUUCUGUGUAAUAUUUACACAAGUGCCUUAUUUCAUAGCUCCAUGGGCGUUGUGCUUUGUACGUGAUACUGUGCUGUGGUAUUGGCUGUCAAGCUCCUUUCUUGCAAGAGAGUAUCGGUGAGGGAGAGCUGUGAACUGCGCCCUUCUCAUUACUCCACCUGUGGUCGCGCAGUCGCUAUGGUAACUUCCGCCGUCAUUUGUUGUUUUUUUCUUUCCUUGAGGUGUUUCAGGCCCGCAACCCCACUCUUCCAAGAAUUCCUUUAUAAGAGUCUCUGCUUAGAGCGAUGAGUACUGUCGGUAAAGGCAAAUGAAUACUCUCCUAGUUCCUGAACUUCACGUACGGAAUUGCAAAUUCUCUUAACUGCUUGCUGUUACCCACAAGCCAUAAUUGUCAAGCUGUGUUUUCAAUUGAAAUGGUUUUAAAUCUCAACAGAUGUUGCUAAAAACAAAAAAAAGGUGUAAAUGAGAUAGUAUUGAAGACAUAUUGGGCUUGAUAUGUGAUAGAGGGGAAUUUGCCUGUGAUCUGACCACGGAGGGAUAUAGGCCAAUUGUUGACAGAGUGGGGAAAGAGGACUUGCAAGAUUUCACUUCAAGUUUCAAGUUUCGCUCUGAUGUUUGUUAGGAGCCUCAUCACUAAAGGUGGUGAGCUCUGUUGUUGGAGAGGUGGCCCAGCACAAAAAAUAAAACUGUCCCUAUCUGGCCAAACUGACCAGAUCACUGACCAAGAUUUCCAGGAGCCCUAAAAGUUAAAAAAAAGAACAGGAUUGUGACUUUUUUUUGGUCUGGAUGUCUUACUGGUUUUUGUUACCAUUUUCUUUUUAUAUUUAAGUAUGCAGUCAUUUAUUUUGUACUGUAAAUUUGCUGUAGUUUGAAUGCAUAUUGCACUUUUUUUUUUUUUUUUACAUUUGUUAAAAUAAUGUACUGUAUGUGUUUAUUAUGGAAAUAAACUUUUUCAUUCAGUAA